ACGUCUUCUCCGUCCAACGCCAUCUUGUUUGUCUUCCUCCUGUGGCGUCUUGGAGGUGUUCUCAACCGUGGAACAAAUGUUCGCCAAACACGUGUUUCACCGGGACAAUAGUGAAUGGUGCACACUUGCUUCGCCAAGCCACAGAACAAAAAUUAAGAGUUGCUGGUGUAACAAUUGGAAGAACAUAUUUGACUCCUCUCUUCUACAUGCGGCUAAUGAGACGUCCAACAGAUGAACGGUCGUCAAGAAGAACGUCCCCUUCAGCAGCAGGGGGCAGGGAGGGCUCCUCUUUGAGGCAGGAGGAUCCACAGCCCCCCCACAUCAAAGAGGAAGAAGAGUAUCUCUGGGUUACUCAUGAGGGAGAGUGUCUUCCAGGGCAGGAGGAGGCUGAUCUCACCAAGUUUCCAAAGACUGUUGUCUCUCUGAAGACUGAAGACCAUGAAUACAAACCACCUGAUUCCUCACACCUUCAUCACAGUCCAAGCCAUCCACUGCACCUGGAUCCAUCUCCAGCCGUCUCGACUCUGUCUUGCCACUGGAUACAGGUGGACUCGGAUGAGAGAGUGAGGUCGGCGCUGCGCAACCCACCCUCACUUAAAUCCAAUGCACCGCACAACUGUGAAGAACAUCUUCUCCCUGAGCAACAGGAGUGGAGCUUUAAGAUGGGGAAGGAGGAGCCACAGCCCUACCACAUUAAAGAAGAAGAGGAGGAACACAGCAUCAGUCAGGAGGGAGAGCAUCUUGAUUGGUUGGAGGAGUUCCCAGUGAUUGCUGUGAUUGUGAAGAGUGAAGAUGAUGAGGUCAAAGGUGAAAGUGAGGAGAAGAGAGAGGCGGAGCCUCCAAGCAGCAGCUCAACUCAACACAAGACAACAGAAGCUGAUGGAGACCACUGUGGAGGAUCACAAGCGGACAAGCUCUUAGCUCCACUAUCAGAUAGUGACGACACAACGUCUCACUCUCCUGACACUGAUGAUGAAGACUCUAAAGAUGAUAAGACAUCUCACGCUGACAACACACACUUCACAUGUUCUCACUGUGACAAAACGUUUAACUUCCAUUGCCGUCUGAAAGCACACAUGAAAACACACACUGGAGAAAAACCUUUUUCCUGCUCAGAAUGUGGUAAAGAUUUUGCGGUAAGGCGAUAUUUGAAAGUACACAUGAAAACACACACCGGAGAAAAACCUUGUGUCUGUUCAAUCUGUGGCAAAGGAUUUGUACAAAGUACCAAUUUGAAACUACACAUGAGAACACACACUGGUGAAAAACCUUAUAUCUGUUCAAUCUGUGGCAAAGGAUUUGUAAAAAGUCAGCGUUUGAAAGUACACAUGAGAAGACACACUGGAGAAAAACCUUUUUCUUGUUCAAUCUGUUGUAAAGAUUUUGUACGAAGUCAAUGUUUGAAAGUACACAUGAGAACACACACUGGAGAAAAACCUUAUACCUGUUUAAUCUGUGACAAAGGAUUUGUUCAAAAUACCAAUUUGAAAGUACACAUGAGAACACACACUGGUGAAAAACCAUAUUUUUGUUCAAGCUGCAACAAAAGCUUUUGUGGACGAUCCAACUAUGUCAGACACAUGAGAAAACACACAGGUGAGAAAGUGUUGAGUUGCAGUGUGUGUGGUGAAAGAUUCUCAUAUAAGUACCAGUGUAAGAAACACAAGUGUGCUGGUGAGAACAACAGCAGCAAAUGAAGCUGUAGGAUUUGACAUUUGAAAUAAACAUCAGCACAUAUAACAAGUGUAACAUCAUUGUUGUGUAACACAAUCUUGUUAUGAUUCUAACAUUUAUAGAUUUAGAUAUUUUAGAUUAGUGCUUUCAUUUCAGUCAAUACAUGCAUUAUUAUACAAGAUUGUGUACUUCUAAUUUAAUAAUGAAGAGAACAAUUUGACUGAAAAGGUGAGAAUAAACUGUACAAAACAUAUGUUGCAUACAAUAAACAUUUAAUGUGUAUAAAUGUGUUCUUAAUUCACUUUUGUACUUAUUCAUAAUAGUGUUUUCAUUAAGGUCUUUGAAAUAAUAGAGUUUUAUAUUCUUCAUUUUUAAUUAUAAAUGAUUCCAUAGAUUUACCUUUGUUUAUACUGUUGCUUUUGAGUACACAUAAAUCCCUCUUAGUUUUAUUUACUGGUUCACAUCUGAAACAUCUUCUGGAAGCAUAUUAUUAUUUACUUUAUACAUCAUUUGAGCAAUUGUGUUUUAUACAAGAUCAUUUACUUUUACAAUGUGUGACUUAAUAAUUUGUUGGGUCUUGAUAAACCAUUCUAUUAAUUAAUUACUUUAUUGCUAUGAAUAUUGUUUUGUGAUUGUUUUAUAUGUAUGUCCCCAGACCUUUAUGCAAUAAACAAU